UCCAAUAGUGACAACCAUACAUCACACUCUGGGUGUUCUAGUGCAGGUUUGUGGCUCUAUAAACUGAAAUAUUGUAUUUAUAUUGUAAAUAUUUUAUAUGUAUGUGUGUGUGGGCGGGGGAGGGCUACCUUUUGUUAUUAUUAGGUGAAGUCACAUUAACAUUAAAUGCCUGCGUAAAAUUUAAUUAGAGACUAAUAACCCUGCUGGUUGGCCCCACCUCGAGCUUGGCCCCUCCCUCCCAGUUUGCAGGAGGGAUGAUGGAUAAUCGGUGUGCGCCUCACUCACUACUUAUAGACAAGACAAGUCGAGUCUGUCCCAAACCAGCCAAACCGAUUCUACUGAGACGCACAGAAGAGAACAGGACUGAUUGUUUCCCCAGCUUGGUGGAAGCUUAAAAAAAUCUGUUUAGGAUAAACUCCACAAAAACAGGUUGUCUCAGCUUCCGGACUCCUUUUGGCCGCAAUGAGUUGGGGGGCUCUCUACGCCCAGCUAGGUGGCGUCAACAAGCACUCCACCAGCCUGGGGAAGAUCUGGCUUUCUGUCCUUUUCAUCUUCCGCAUCACGAUUCUGGUCCUGGCUGCGGAGAGCGUCUGGGGGGACGAGCAGUCAGACUUUACAUGCAACACGCAGCAGCCCGGCUGCAAAAACGUCUGCUACGACCACUUCUUCCCCGUGUCGCACAUCCGCCUGUGGUGCCUGCAGCUGAUCUUUGUAUCCACGCCGGCCCUGCUGGUGGCCAUGCACGUCGCCUACAGAAAACGGGGUGAUAAGAGGAACAUGCUGGCCUCCAAUGGCACUGAAAAGAUGACAGAUACUGAGCUGCAGACGCUAAAGAGGAGGCGUCUGCCCAUUACAGGCACUCUGUGGUGGACCUACACCUGCAGCUUGUUUUUCCGGCUCAUCUUUGAGGGGGGGUUUAUGUAUGCGCUCUACUUUGUCUACGACGGCUUCCAGAUGCCCCGGCUGGUGAAGUGCGAGCAGUGGCCUUGCCCCAACAAGGUGGACUGUUUCAUCUCCAGGCCAACUGAAAAGACCGUCUUCACCAUCUUCAUGGUGGCUUCAUCUGCCAUCUGCAUGGUGCUGAAUGUGGCCGAGCUCUUCUACCUCAUUGUAAAGGCGGUCAUGAGAUGCAUGACAAGGUCCAGCAGGAGGAAACACACUUACCCAGACAGCGUGACACGGGAUAACAAGAAGAAUGAAAUGCUGCUGUCUUCUUCCACAGAUUCAUCCAGCAACAAGACCAUGUGUUAGAGACAAGAGAAAGGUGUAUACUGUAAAUCCAACCUCACGAGUUGUGUCUACGUCUUGGUUACUGGGAUUUGUCUCACGAGAUAGUGAAACAGCUUUGGAGUCUGUAUAGUUGGGAUUGACUGUAAAGACCUGACUGAGUUCUCCGAACAAACACAUUGCCAGAUAGUAACGUAAAGAGUAAAACAAGUGUCAAACACUGAGUAGUUGCAACCAUUUUACUGUCCACAGUUGAAUUUGCUUGAACGUGGCGAAAUCUGCCUGAAAAAUGAGCCUACACUGACAUCUAGUGGUGACAGUGGACCCUUAACGAGCACAAACGCCUUCACAACAGCCUGAGUGAUCGAUUUAUCCGAGGAGAACAAAUGAAGUUUUGAGAAGAGAAGCAGAGUAUGUUUAACUUUUAGCUGAUGUUUGAUUUCAAAUGAGAUUGAUUUUAAGUUCACAGUACCUGAUGUGAUUACGCUUAAUGAACAAGUCUGAUUUUUCUGUUUUAGAAUGAAAUCUCUGAUCUUCGCUGUUUGAUCAACUUCAUAGGUUCUUUUUUGGGGGGGUUGUAAAUGUUUCUUUACAUGUGUUAGACGACAAAAAAUUUCACACGUGCAUACCAUUUCAUUCAAAAAUAUGAAGAACGUAUAUGUUUGUACUGUAUCAGAUGGUUUUUCAUCUACUGCCAGCAAGUUCAAGAAUCCCCCUGAACAGAUCGUGCUGCACACAUGUGAAUUAUUUUCUGUGAAACUGAAUUCCAGACUGGAUCUAAUGUAAAAGAAGGCUGAAACCAGUGACGUGACACAGGAGUUAUGAUACUGUGUACUCUUUUAGGUGUUAGGAUUUCAUGUUUUUCAAGUUUAUAGGGUGUAGGUUUAAUUUACUUUGACCAUUUCACAUUCAGAUAGGGUUCCUCCUCAUUCACCUUGUGACUUCCAAUCCUGCUUUUUUGGAAACACCAGAAGUCGCUCAGCCCCAGAUCUGCUCCUGUGUUAUUUGAACUUGCAUUGUUUUUCUUGCAGUGUGCACUGACCCCAGCUGGCUGUAUCAGCUUUCAGCAUGUGCCUUAUUUUAGCCACCAGACUAAUCACUGCUAGGCACCGUGGCCGUGAAAAUGUCUUUGUCCUUCUUCCAUCCAGGAAUAGCUGAGCGGGAUCAGUCAGACUGUUCCAAAGUGUUGGUUAGACGUGUCGAUUCCACCAUAAUUAAAAAGAAACCACAGUGAGCUGUAUACUGAUGUUACAUAAGUGAUGCAGCUGGGACCAAAACUAGUCUGUGUGCCUGCUCUGCACUGACCUUUGACUUCUAGCUUUCUGUAACAAGCCUAAUGACAUUUUCUGAUGCUACAUAUUUUUUUUAUAACAGCGAUGUACUUCCUCUUGUUUUUAUGGGAUAAUCCUGAUUAUUCCUAUUUCAACAUGUUGUUAUUGUUAUUAUUAUUAUUAUUAUUAUUAAUACAGUUUCUAUUAGUCUGCCUUUAAAAGCAAACUGCACACUAAUGAGCAAACAGCUUUCUAAGAAGAAAUGAUUAAAUCUGACAUUUUUUUAUUAUUAUUAUUUCACUUGCACUUUGAUCCUUCAACUUGUUUUGCUCUAUGAGACUUUUUUUUUUUUUACAUUUUUAAAUAAAUCGGUAAAAACAGACCUGUGUGCAUUAUCAUUUAUGUGCAGUUUUAUUUACUUUACUGAAAUUUGGGAUAAGUGGGGAAUUUUUUUCCCACACUGGGAGAGAAUCGUCUUGCCUUACACUCUCUGUCUUCUCCUCUACAUUUUGCUCUUUAUAACCACAUAUCAGGUUUUUAUUAAGUAACGUUUGACUUGGACAGAUUGUAGUGUGUCCACAGGAUCGGCCUUUUAAAGACCUCGCGGCUAUUUAAUGUUGCCUGCCUCCUAAAAUGAGUAACUAUUACUAUUUUUAGCACCCGGGGGGUCAUAAUUUGGGAAUGUUUCUAAACUUUUGGCAACUUUUUGCGCACGGUUUUGGGGAGGUUGGCAGGGGCGUGGUGUGGCCGGAGAGGCUGAUGACUCUGUGGAUUCACUCAUGGAUGGUCACGCAAUGUGACAGCCCAGUCAUGGCUGGAAAUGAGCGGUAGCUCCGUUUAACCGAGCCUCAUCUCUCCGACUCCGAGCCUCCUCCAGAAACUAACAACAAGAAAGAAAAAAGUUUCCCUUGCGCAAAGUAACAGAAGUUUGUGCAUGAACGAGGUUGCGAGGCCCGCAUUAAAAAAAACCUGAG